AUCUUGCCAUUUUCUAUCUCUUUGAUCUUGUGGUCUGUGGUCUUGCGGCGGCGUUUCUUUAACCGCUGUUGCUUAAUUUUUUAUUAAAAUGGAUUACCCUGUUAAUAUUAAGGCUGAUGCCAUUACACUUGUUAGUCAGUUUAUCCAAACAGUUGAUAAAUCUUUGGCGCAGAAAUUCAUCGAAAAAUCUAAAUUGAAACCAAGUUCAGACAAAUUACCAAACCUAUGUGAAAUUAUAAAAGAAUAUAUAAAGCUGAAAAAGGUUUCUGCACUUAAAGAUUUGUCGCGCGAAAGCGAUCAAAAUGAAAAGCCCAAAAAAGCUGCUCAAGUAAAUGGCAAGGCACCAGUCGCUAAUAAGAAAAAAGAAUCCUCUGAUUCUGACAGUUCUGAAGAUGAAAAACCAUCCAAACCAAAUGCUAAAACUGUAGUGCCUAAACCACAAGCUAAGAAACCACAAUCAUCAGAUGAUAGUGACAGUAGUGAUGAUGAUGCUACAACAAAACCUAAGAAACAGCCAGUAAAACCACAACCAACAAAUACCCCCAAAGCUGUUAAAAAACAGUCAUCUUCUGAUGACAGUAGUGAUGAUGAUAAGAAAACUAAACCACAACAAAAUGCAACUGUGAAACCAAAAGCAACACCAGCAAAACCUACUCCUGGAAAGACUCAAGUGACCAAAAAAGAGUCUUCAGACAGUGAUGACAGUAGUGAUGAUGAAAAGAGUAAAAAGCCAGCACCAAAACAACCUGUCAAAGCUGCACCUGCAAAGCAACAAGAGUCUUCAGAUGAUACUGAUGACAGUGACGAUGAAAAACCUAAAGCCCCACAAAAACCUGUCAAAACACAAGCAACUCCUGCUAAGAAACCAGGUAAGGUAGAAACCCCGAAAAAGCAAGCAUCCUCAGAUGACAGUGAUGAUAGCAGUGAUGAUGACAGUAAAAAGAAGCCUAAAGUUACCCCUAAGGCUCAAGUUACACCAGCUGUCAAAGCUACACCUAAGAAGAAAGCAUCUUCAUCAGAAGAUAGUGACAGUAGUGAUGAUGAAAAGAAACCAGCUCAAAAACAGGCUAAACCAGCUGUUGCAAAACCAACUCCAGCUAAAACACCUGCUAAAGUAGAUACACCAAAAAAACAAGCAGCAUCCUCUGAGGACAGUGAUGAUGAUAGUAGUGAUGAUGACAGUAAAAAGAAACCCAAAGUGGUCUCUAAAGUACAAACCACACCUGCUGUUAAAGCAGCACCUAAGAAACAGGCAUCUUCAUCUGAAGAUAGUGACAGUAGUGAUGGUAAUAAAAAACCAGCUCAAAAACAGGCCAAACCAGCAGUUGCUAAACCAUUAUCGAAGCCUACUCCAGCCAAGAAACAAAAAUCAUCCUCUGAGGACAGUGACAGUAGUGAGGAUGAAAAAACAGCCAAAAAACCAGCACCAAAGGCUGCACAAAAACCACAAACGAAAAAGGAAUCUUCAGAUGACAGUGAUAGUGAGGAUGAAGCUCCCAAGACAUUGCCUAAAACACCAGUGAAACUUGCCACACCAGCCAAGGCACCAGCGCAGGAGUCAUCUGAAGAUGAUAGCAGUGAUGAUGAUGCCCCUAAAAAGACUCCUGUAUCAACACCAAAAUCAAAACCAGCUAAAAAAGAUUCUUCAAGUGAAGACAGUAGUGAUGAUGAACCUCAAGUCAAAUCAACAAAAGAAGCAGCUGAGUCAUCAGAUGACAGUGACAGUGAUGGUCCACCUGCUAAAGUAGCAAAGAAGGCCAAAACUGAAAAUGAUCAGGCUACAGAAAAUGGCUUCCAAACUGGUAAAAAAAGGAAAGCAUCAGGAGGAGAUCCCACUCCAGCUAAAAAACCAUACAACAAUUUUGUAAAGGGCACAAAAGUAGUUUCUACACCCAGUGAGAAGGACAAUGAAGGAGAUUCAAAUGCAAAUAAAACCACCCCAUUCAGACGUGUUGCCACUGAAAAAGUAGAAGUUGAUCCUAGACUUAAGGAUAAUUCAUUUGAAGCUAAGAGUGGAGCUCGCGGGUCAUGGGGUGAGCGUGCGAAUCUGGACUUGAAGCACACGCGAGGCAAGUCUUUCAAACACGAGAAGACCAAGAAGAAGCGAGGCUCGUACCGCGGCGGUGCCAUCGACACAGGGGUCCAUUCUAUUAAAUUUGAAGAUUAAUUGAUGUCAUUUGUUAAUGUUUUAACGCAUUUAAGUUCGUCAAGCAUAUUCUUUUAAAAAAAAUUGUUUCGCAGCUCGUUUUGGAACUCGUAUAGAAAUAAGUUUUCAGUUGACAAAUGUGAUGUUUCCUAUAUAAUCCGUUAGGCCUUGACGGGUACUACAUUUGUACUACAUAUUAAAUGUAUUUCAUAGUAUUAAUAGUUUUCCAUGAUUCCGUUUAGGAAGAUAUAGAUUAUGCAUUUUAUGAAUAAUUCUGUUUGAUAAUUGAAUGUGCUUGUGAUAAACACAAAAUAUAUGUUUCUUUAGGUAACUUUACCUAAAUACAAGAUUUAAAUUUCCUAAAUUUUAAUACACCAUUUAAUUCGCCUCAAUAUGUUUGUAUCUUAAUUAUAAGACUAUUUUAGUUUAAGCUAGUUUAUUUUUAAGUUCUGUAAAUAAGUUAAUUGAGAUAAGAUUGUUUUGUGGAGACCUUUGUGGUUUAGUUUUCUUAAGAUUGUCUUGUCUUCAAACAACAUGCUAUGAAUAAACAAAUUUCAUUAUUACGAA